AUGAGCUACCUCAUCCCCAGAGCCCUCCCCCUACGGAGCGCAACCAUCCGGCCAGUCUUCCAGUCGCCCCUCAGCUGCUCAUCAAUAACCUUCCUCCGUCCCACGACCCAAACGGCAUCCUUCUCCUCAACCAAGCCCUCGUCUGCCUCAGCCUCGCCUCGCCAGAACCCCAACCAGAAAGCCAAGAUCCCUCCGCACCUCCGCCAGCUGAGCCGCGCCCCCGUACCCCCACCGACAAAGACUCCCGAAGAGCUCGUCAGCCUCGGCUACAUUGUGCGCCGCACGCCCUCCGUCCAGCUGCCCGUCUACCGCAGGUGGCAGUCCGGCGGCACGCGCCAGGUGGUGCUGAUCAAGAAGGUCGAUGGCGACAGGAUACGGCUGCUCGAGGAUCUGGUGCAAGGUCUCGGUAUCGCUCGGGAGGACGCGAGAAUCAACCCGACGACACAACAUAUAGAAUUGAAGGGAGAUCACUUCGAUAAGGCAAGGGGGUGGCUGCUCGAGCGUGGCUUCUAG